AUGUCGGAACAGAGGCCACGCAGACAGGAGGAGUCCAACUCGGGCUUCAAGGGUGCCCUUCAGGGUCUUGCAAUCUUCUUGGUGGCCCAGUUUGCCAUCAACCAGUACAUGGGAAAUAAGGACAAGGCAGACACUCCCAGUGUGAAUUCUGGUGGUAUCCCCGCUUUUGCCGAUCGCCCCGAUCCCAGUGAAGUCGCCGAACGCAGUGCUCUCCCCGAGGUUAUCGCCCCGAUCUGGCCCUCCGACAGCGCUGUCGAUCUCAGCAUUUAUGUAACCCCCUCUAUCAUUGUGCCCAACUUUAAGUCGCCGGACGGUGUUCUUGUGGUGGACGAGAAGAACUUCACUAUUGGAAACUACAGUGAUACUCGCGAAAUCGACACCACCAUCAAAGUCCCAAAGCAGGUCCAACAGAAUGGAACUCUUUGGGCUCACUUCUUUUUGGCUCGCACCGGAUACCAGUUAGACCCCGCCGCUGAAAACUACAACACCGCUGAUGCAGUCCAUUUCCUCCGACCUCUAAACCAGUACCUUCCCAAGAAGAAGGUCAAGAAGCUGAAGAAUCUUCUGUCAGGCCCCGAGGACGAGCAAGACCAGGAGGAAGAUAACACCCCGGAUAUUUCAACUAUGUCAUACUACCACCCCAACUUCACCCUGUCCCUGAUCCCAGACUCCGGAACUCAGAAAUUGGCGCAGAUGAACCCCGCGGUUCGCCAGUAUGUGCAGCUGGAGCGCACCGGUGCCCGUGAUGCCAGUGGAAAGAAUGGAUGGUACUACCCGAUCGCUUUUGUCAACACCUUUUGGCAACUGAAGACCCACAUGACCGAGUUGAAUUCUACCGUCGAGACCGUGCCGUUGCAUAUCACUCUCAACAACAUGGCGAACUGGAAGUUCAACAUCCUCAGCAGUGUUGAUGAAGGCUCGAAGCAAAGUUCUCGCCAGGCUGCCUACGGCAAGCCCCUCCCGGUGGUGGAGAUGGAACCGAGUGGGAGAUGGUGA